ACGCUCUCUCGCACGCAAACACACUCACACCGGCGGAGAGGCGGAUGGAUCUGCCGAGCUGUUGCUCGGUCGCCUUACUGAAAACACCGGCUAAUGCAGAUCCAGUUAAAAGAAUACGGAACUAUGCAAAGCACUCUUUAAAUGUCACUUUGUGACCAGUUGGACAUGUAUCCCGGAUGGUUUUAGCGGCUCAUGCCUGCCGUGACAGUGAUGACAAGGCAUGGACAGGAAUAUUGGAGACCAGCUAAACAAAGCUUUUGAAGCUUAUCGCCAGGUCUCCAUCGAAAAGGACAAUGCUCAAAAGGAGUUGCAAAAAAUGAAGGAACAUUAUGAGCAGUACACUCAAGAACUUCUAAAGCAGAUAGAAGACCAGCAACGUUUGAUUUCUGAUCUUGAAACUGAGUUGUCGGCAACAAGGCAACCCUCAGGAGAGAUGAAAUGUGAGCCUCGCAACCAUCUUCUCAAAGCGCCUGCCUCUAGUAGGAAGACACAGUACCGGGGGAAUGUGGCCACCGUUGCUGGUGCCUCAAAUUUGACAGUCAACAGCAGCUCUGACUAUCAGGACAUGUUGGCGGCAUUUGAAGCAAUUCAGGGCAAAUUCCGACAGAUCCAGACCCUGACUACAAAACAGAAACAUCAUCUGAAAAGGUUCCACGGAAGUUACGACAACUCAAACGACCAGCGCUUCUCCAUGCCGAUCCAGUGCACAGAUGGAACCGUAGAAGCAGAGAGGCCCUUUCCUACACCUCUGAGGUUAACUGCGGAUGUCCCUCACCUGCCUGCACCCCUGGCUUCUCGUGGCACCAGCCAGGAGGACAGAGACUUGGUAGACUCUCUCACCAAACUCAGUGUCAAAUUCCCGCCCCCCACGGACAGUGAAUACGACUUCCUGAACAGUGCUCCGGAGAGGAACAUCGGCCUGCCAGUGGCUCGAAAGCCGCCCCUCGGCUCCUCCACGCUGCCAGAGGAGGAGCCCGUGGAACUGCCCUUGCCUUUUGUCUAUCCCACGUCCCCCUCCCACUCGUCAUCCUCCUCGCCCUCCCAUGAGAGCGUGCGGGGACCCGAGCAGCCCCUGUGGACCCCCGAGCUGUGUGACGCCGUUGACAUGGGAGCCAACCAGGAGCCUCUGAGCAGCUGUCCCGUUGAAUGCGCAUUCUGUCCCGAUUUAGUUCCCCAGAACCUCAUGACAAGCCAUCUUUACUUGCACUUCUUGCCAAAGAAGGAAGCAGAGAAUUGACAGCAGACUGACAGGCAAAGGUCUGAACUUACUUCAAGAACUUUUGACUGUUUUUAUGGUCUUUGCAGGCGUGAGUCUGCUUGCCAUGAACUCCAAAGCGCUGUACAGGAUUUGAAAAUUACACUGCUAUAAGACUUGAAUUCAUUUAUUUAAUACUGAAGAAUUUAAUGGUACACUUUCUUGUCCAUACUGAUUUUCUAAUAUCACACUGAGAAUUUACAGUGACGCAUAUGGUAUAUAUGAGGAAAUAAACAAUAUAUUUACUCUUGA